AGGAAGUAGGCCAGGGGAGUUGUUGACAAAGUGGGUAAGGAACAGCGGAGGGUAGCAGCCUUUUUAUAUACAAUCUAUGCUAACAGCUACUCAUAGUUCAGAAGGAGUAGGUGGCUCAGGUGAUUUAACAGGGAGCUGACAGUUCUCUAACAGCAAAACCGACAUGAGCGGCAAAGAAGAAGUCAGUUUUGAUCCAAAAGAGCACCAGCACCUGCGUUAUAACCCUCUGCGGGACAGCUGGGUCCUGGUGUCAGCCCACCGCAUGAAGAGACCAUGGGCAGGUCAGGUAGAAAAACCUCCUGAGGAACACAUUCCCAGGCACGACCCCUGCAACCCACUCUGUCCUGGGAACACGCGUGCAAAUGGAGAGGUGAAUCCAGACUAUGACAGCACAUUUGUUUUUGGAAAUGACUUCCCUGCUCUUCAGCCAGAUGCUCCAGAUCCAGGUUCAAAUCAACACCCAUUGUUCCAGUCUAAAGCUGCCAGGGGCGUCUGUAAGGUCAUGUGUUUCCAUCCGUGGUCUGACAUCACCCUCCCUCUCAUGAAGAAAGAAGAGGUUGUCAAGGUGAUUGACAAAUGGACAGAGCUUGUUGAAGAACUAGGUGCUACCUACCCUUGGGUUCAGAUAUUUGAGAAUAAAGGAGCCAUGAUGGGUUGUUCUAAUCCACAUCCUCACUGUCAGGUGUGGGCCAGCAACUUCCUGCCUAAUGAGCCGGCUUUGUCAGACCGUUGUCAGAGGGCGUACUAUCAGAAACAUGGAGAACCGCUCCUGCUGCAAUACGCCAAGCAAGAGGCUGAGAGAAAGGAGCGUGUGGUGGUGGAGAGCUCUGAUUGGCUGGCAGUAGUUCCAUACUGGGCAACGUGGCCCUACCAGACCCUGCUGUUACCACGACGACACAUCCUCAGAAUCAGUGACCUGAGAGCAGAAGAGAGGGAGGGUCUGGCUGACAUUAUGAAGCGACUGCUGACCAAGUAUGACAAUCUGUUUGAAGUCUCUUUCCCCUACUCCAUGGGCUGGCACGGAGCCCCUACUGGCCCCUAUUUAAAGGAGGACAACUCUCACUGGCAGCUGCAUGCUCACUACUAUCCUCCUCUGCUGCGUUCAGCUUCAGUUAAGAAGUUUAUGGUGGGGUAUGAGAUGCUUGCCCAGGAGCAGAGAGACCUCACCCCUGAACAGGCUGCUGAGAAGCUAAGAAACCUGCCAGAAGAGCACUAUAAAACCAGAGAGAACCAGGAAAAAUGAUGAAAAGAGAAAGAAGAUGGAGGAAAAUGGAACUAAAACUGUGUGAUCAGUAAAAGACAAGGGGGAAUGCACAAAUGGGAAUCAAGCUUUAUCUUACUCACAAUACACUUUUUGGAAGUGGAUAGUUGAUGCAUUGCUUUUGUUUCAGUAGUACUGUAAAAAAAAGACAUUAAAGUGCCUUUGCCAACAGAAGGCUUAACAUUUU